CCCCCUCGGCCGCCUCCCAUUGGCUGCGGGGCAGCGCGGUUUUCCCGCGCGCGCGCCGCGGCGGCAUGGCGGGAGAGCGGGCGGUGGGGCUGGUGCGGGAGCUGCAGCGCGCCGCGGGCGGGCACCUCCCGCCCUUCCGGGCGGAGGAGCUGCGGCAGGCGCUGGAGGAGAUGCGGGCGCUGUACGAGCGGAACCAGGCGGAUGUGUCCGAAGCGAAGGCGGGCCGGACGGAUCUGAUUUUCCUCAUCCGCUUUCGCCACUGCUGCCUGCUGCGGAACCAGCGCUGCAUCGUGGCCUAUCUGUACGACCGGUUGCUGCGGAUCCGAGCGCUCAGGUGGGAGUACGGCAGCAUCCUGCCCAACGCCAUCCAGUUCCACAUGUCGGCUGAGGAAGUGGAGUGGUUCAAUCGGUACAAAAAGUCCCUGGCUACCUACAUGAGGUCAGUAGGCGGAGAGGAGGGGCUGGACCUUACGCAGGACAUAAAGCCUCCCAAGAGCCUGUACAUCGAAGUGCGGUGCUUAAAGGACUACGGAGAAUUUGAGAUCGAAGAUGGCACCACCGUCCUGUUGAAGAAGAACAGCCAGCACUUCUUGCCCCGCUGGAAAUGCGAGCAGUUAAUCAGACAAGGAGUCCUGGAGCACAUCCUGUCCUGAGUGUGCAGGACAGGAGGGACAGCCUUUGCCUGAUGCCCUGUACAUAAUGGGGAGCGAACCCUGGUGCGUGCAGGACUUCAGCCACCUCAGCAUCUCUGCGUGGAGCACCUGCAGCUCCAUGUAACAGCCUGAUGUGAAGACCAGCUCCAAGUUUAUAAAGUGUGCAGACCAUAUUGGCCAGCGCUGUGUGACCAAAGGGUGCAUACUGGUGAUGUAGCAAGCCUGGGAAUCCUGCCCUUGUAUCCAAGCCCCGCAGCUACAUGCAGGUUCUGUGAAUGCUGUCGGGCUGGGAGCAGCUCUUUGUUCACACCGUGCCUUCAGGAGAAAGAGGCUGACCAGCUGGGCUGGGGAAGCUGGGAGAACACCACAGCUGCAAAAUGAAGAGCUGCUUCAGCCUUCAGUUUUUCUAGUUCAAGAGUCAAUGUUCUGUUCAUUAAACACUCCCUGACCUGGAUCUCUGGGCCAACCCAUCUUGUCCCUGCAGGGUGAUGCUUCACUGGUUAUUUAGGUGGCUCUGAACUCUUCCACAUGUCAGGUCAGGCUGAAAGAGCUUUCCAGGACUAGACACAGCUUUGUCUCCCAGAGGCCUAUAAACGUGCUUUCUUAAGGUGCUGAGUGAAUGAGCACUGCGGACUGUGCCCCUUUCUCUAUGGGGUCACCUUCCCCAGCACCCUGGUCUGGUAGGGCCUAGAGGCUAUUUGGAGGAGGGAUGGGAGAGGGAGCAGAAGGUUUUAAGGAUUUUAAGCACCAAAACAGUAAGAUGGCAGAGCUGCUCUCCCUAUAGUUUUCAUAAUGGAACUGCUCAGUUUUGGGUAGUGGCUGAGGAAACACUUCUAAAAACCUAAGUUCUGUGUAAAAUCACAAGUUUCCCUAGCCACAACCCAAUACCUUAGGGAAGAACGCAGGUAGAGGAUCAAGUGUUCAGGCCAUUUUUUGCACUGCUCUCCCAGCCUCAGCCAAGGAACAUCCCUGAGCUAACCCUGGCUUGUUCUUCCACCCUGCAUGAACUUCCCUCCUUGCCGUCACACAGUUUCCCCAGGAGCCCCUAAAAUCAGGACUGCCCCCAAGGCAAAGCAAGGGGAAUCUCAGCUGUCCUCUACCAUGGCAGGAAGAGCAGCUCUAGACCAGAGGCCUCAGUCAGCCUCCAGCCCUCUCCUCGCAUUGUCCCUGUCCUGUCCUGUCCCCCAUGGCAAGGGGCUGCCCUGCCAAGCUGGGAAUUAGAGGCAGUAGCUGAGUGUGGCUGUCAUGCCAAUUUAUCCCCUUUUAUUCUUAUGCCAACAACAGCUUGAUAUUUAAGCCUUCUUGCUUGUAGUGACUUAGCCUCUGCUUUACUACCCCGAUGCAGUCAGGCUUGUCUCUCUCCUGCAGUAGUCACCACAGCCCAGAACCCCAGGAGUCCUUUCAGCCCCCACCUAAACACCCCUGGCCCUGCACAAAGCAAGGCAGUGAUGUAGUAGCAAUAAUGCAUCCCUCCAUGCAGAGGGUAACACCCCAUGGCGAUCAAUAAAGCUGGUAUUUGCUCAUG